AUGUUAUUAAAACAAUGGAAAAUUUCAGGCAAUGUUGAUGUAAAUUUGUUGGAAAGUGGUAUUUUCAUUUUCUGUUUCAACCUUGAGAAUGAUAAAGUUAAAGUUCUUGAAGGGGGGCCAUGGUAUGUGCAGCGACGGCCGAUGAUUCUGCGUCCAUGGAGCCCGGAAGCUUGUUUACAAAGGGUUGAUUUAUGUUCUGUCCCGAUUUGGGUUUCUCUUCCCAAUCUUCCUUUUCAUUUUUGGUCUUCCGAGGCACUUAGUUCAAUUGGGAGUGUUAUUAGGAAGCCUAUUAUGACUGAUAAGAUGACAAGAUCAAUGGAGAGGCUCUCCUAUGCUCGCAUGUGUGUGGAAGUGUCUGCGGAUAAUGACCUCCCCUCUUCCAUUCCAGUUUAUGGGGACGAAGGUUUUGCUUUCAAUCAAUUUGUGGUUUAUGAUUGGAAACCUCCUCUGUGCAAGCAUUGCAGGGUUUUUGGGCACCUUGUUGAUACGUGUAAGUUUGGCAGCUGCAUUCCUAAGCAGAAGAAUUCGAGCUCUAAACAAGAAUGGCGGGUGAAAGGUGUAGCCGGAAAAGAUGGUGAUUCUUUGGCCGGAGCCGAGGCUGGACAGCCAACCAGGCAGGCUGGGAUUGCGAAUUCAAAUUCAAAUUUAGGUUCCUUAAAUGUGAAAUAA